AUGUCGGCAUCCAUCACUAAAGCUCCAAUCGUACCCAUUGGCCUCCCGGAGAUCGGCCAAGGGGGGUACACUGGCCUGGACGAACGUAGCGAGGUCCUUCCAGCAGGAUGGAAAUACCCAGAUCCAAGGUCGAAGCCUCUCACCUCGGCUAUCUAUGUCGAGCAUGACGUCCCUAUCACCAUGCGUGACGGCGCUGUGUUGCGCGCUGACAUUUACCGCCCACCACCUUCAGCGAGCGGCGAACCGUCAGAGAAAAUUCCUGCAAUCCUGUGCUGGUCGCCGUUUGGCAAAAAGUUCAAUGGUCUGAUGUCACUCUCUCUCAUGACGCCCUGGGAUCUUGGCAUCCCAGCCGGCACGCUGUCAGGGCUGGAGAAAUUCGAAAGUAUCGACCCAGCCGACUGGGUACCUCAUGGAUUCGCAGUUGUCAAUAUCGACAACCGUGGGGCAGGGGACAGCGAUGGCACCAUGGUCAUCAUGGGCACUCAAGAGGCAGAAGAUGGCUAUGACACCAUCGAGGUGCUUGCGAAGUUUCCCUGGUGCAAUGGGGCUAUUGGCAUGGCGGGCAACUCUCACUUGGCAAUUGCGCAGUGGUUCAUAGCUGCUUUGCAGCCGCCAAGCCUCAAGGCGAUUGCGCCGUGGGAGGGCUGUGGCGACCUUUUCCGUGAGCAGUUUGCCCGAGGUGGCAUAUAUGCUGGAGAUCUUUUCGAUCUUCUAAUCGCUAGACAUAUGUUAAAAGGCCGUCAUGGUAUGGAAAGCUUCAGAGAAAAGUUCGCAGAACAACCUUUGGCCGAUGCCUGGUGGAACGACAAGCGACCCGAUAUGACAAGAAUAAGCGUGCCGACUUAUAUGACCGGUACGUGGACCAACACCAUGCACGGCAUGGGCGUAAUCAGGGGUUGGAUGGAUGUUAGCACGGAAGACAAAUGGCUUCGGUGGCAUGGAACCCAAGAAUGGUACGAUAUGUACGGCAACAAGGACGGUGCUCAGGAGCUGAUGCAGUUCUUCGAUCGGUAUUUGAAGGGCAUUGAGAAUGGGUGGGAGAAGACACCACAAGUCCGCCUUGCAGCUUUACGAUUUGGCCAAAACGAUCCAAUCGAAGAUAUCGUCGAGGCGGAAUUUCCCAUGAAGAGAACAGAUUAUAAGCAGCUAUAUCUAAAUGCAGACAAUACUAUCAGCCCAAGUCAACCAACAGAACCAGCAACCAUCAGCUACAACUCCGAAAGUGCCGAAUCUGCUUCUUUCACAUACACAUUCCAGGAAACCACUCGACUUAUUGGUAUUCCAAAAGCUGUUGUCUACAUAUCAUGCGAUGAUCUCGAUGAUAUGGAUGUCUACGUCUUCAUUGAAAAGCUCGACACAUCUGGACAAGCCAUGACAAACCUCAAUAUCCCAUGGAAAGGAAUACCUGUCAAGUCGUUCGACGAUUUUGAUGCCCAACAGAGGACCGAAGUUGUCACAUAUAAGGGGCCCGUUGGUAUUAUUCGCGCAUCGUAUAGAGCCAUUGACGAGAGUAAAUCGAUACAUCGCAACUGGCCCUAUCACCCGCACGAAGAGGAGGACAAGAUCGAGCCUGGAACCGUAGUCCGUUUGGAUAUUGGUAUUUGGGCCAUGGGCAUUCAGUAUGAGGCUGGUGAAGGCCUAAGAGUCAGCAUUAGUGGCAGGAGCCAUGCAGUUAGCAAUUUUGGAACGCUCGAUCAUGUAAAGAAUAAGGGGAAGCACGUUGUGCAUCUUGGAGGGAAUCACCCUAGUCAUGUGGUUUUGCCAUUUGUAUGA